AAUUUCUUCCUCAGUUAACCACUAAUUCUACUUCCUACUCUCCAGACAUGGAAUUCACCUCUGUGUUUUCCGUUUUUGCUUUCUUUGUUUUUGUUUCUUUCCUCUUCCAUUCCCUCUUCAAGUUCUUCUCUCCCAAUCGUGGGAAACUCUCUCUCCCUCCUGGCUCAAUGGGUUGGCCUUACAUCGGCGAAACCUUCCAGCUAUACUCUCAAAACCCAAAUGUGUUCUUUGCCUCAAAGCAGAAGAAGUAUGGGUCUGUAUUCAAGACCCACAUAUUGGGUUGUCCUUGUGUGAUGAUUUCCAGUCCUGAGGCAGCUAAAUUUGUACUGGCGACCAGGGCUCACCUCUUUAAGCCGACCUUCCCGGCGAGCAAAGAGAGGAUGUUGGGGAAACAGGCCAUUUUCUUCCACCAAGGAGACUACCAUGACAAGUUGAGGAAGCUUGUUCUGCGUGCCUUCAUGCCUGAAUCCAUAAAGAAUAUCGUUGCCGAUGUCGAAUCAAUCGCCAACGAUACCCUCCAGUCUUUGGAAGGAAGACUGAUCACCACUUUCCAAGAAAUGAAAACGUACACCUUCAAUGUCGCUGUACUUUCUAUAUUUGGAAAGGAUGAAGUUCUAUACAGAGAAGAUCUGAAGAGGUGUUACUACAUUCUGGAGCAGGGUUACAAUUCAAUGCCCAUUAACCUUCCAGGCACACUCUUCAACAAAUCUAUGAAAGCAAGGAAGGAACUAGCCCGAAUUGUGGCCAAAAUCAUCUCCACCAGGAGGGAAAUGAAGCUCGAUCGCAACGACCUCCUCGGAUCCCUCAUGGGUGAUAAAGAAGGCCUCACCGACGAACAAAUAGCAGACAACAUAAUUGGGGUCAUAUUCGCUGCCCGUGACACGACAGCCAGUGUAUUGACUUGGAUCCUCAAGUAUAUUGGUGAAAACCCAAGUGUCCUUAAGGCUGUCACGGAAGAACAAGAGGCUAUAAUGAAGAGUAAAGAGAAGUGUGGUGAGGAGAAGGUUUUGACUUGGGCAGAUACCAGGAAGAUGCCAAUAACUUCAAGGGUAAUUCAGGAGACCAUGAGGGUUGCUUCAAUUCUAUCUUUUACAUUUAGAGAAGCUGUGGAGGAUGUUGAAUAUGAAGGAUAUCUUAUACCAAAAGGGUGGAAAGUUUUACCACUUUUCAGAAAUAUUCAUCACAACCCUGAAAUCUUCCCAGAUCCUGAAAAGUUUGAUCCAUCAAGAUUUGAGGUGGCACCAAAACCCAAUACAUUUAUGCCAUUUGGCAAUGGGAUCCACUCAUGUCCUGGUAAUGAGUUAGCUAAGCUGGAGAUGUUGGUGCUUCUCCAUCAUCUGACCACAAAGUACAGGUGGUCUAUGGUAGGUACAAACAGUGGGAUUCAGUAUGGCCCCUUUGCCCUUCCCCAGAAUGGCUUGCCCAUCAGGUUAAGCAAAAAGUCUUAGACAAAAAGGGAAAUUAAAAAAAAAAAAAAAAAAGUCCCAACUUCAAGAAACUUUCUAAAAAUAGGCAGGAAAGAUCUCAGAGAAAGAAGAUGAAGGCAGAAGAAGAAGACCCUAAUUGUUUACCCUUAAGAAAAAGAUGAUUUUUUGGCCAUGAAACACCCAGAUGAAGAAAGAAAUUCAAGAUUUGAUUAGGCUACAAAAGAGGGAACCUCAAUUGUACAGAAGAGUCUUCAUAAGACAAAGGGAAAAGAUCAGAACAAACUGCCAGCAAAUUGUGCUAAUUCUUUUUCUUUCAAUUCAUUAGGGAAAAUAAAAGGGGAAAUAAAUAUUCAAGCAGUGAGACUAAUGUUUAGGUGUGUUUACCCCAGAUUCGGGGAAGUUUUGUAAUUUCUCUAUCAAUGAAGUCCGCAAGGAAAA